GCAAGGGAAUCCCAAAGACAUGGCUUCGUCUCUCCCACGUCUGCACGCAGUAAUGGUGCCCAUUCCUGCUCAAGGCCAUAUCAACCCUUUCUUUCACUUGGCAAAACUUUUAGCUGCCCGGGGAUUUUUCGUCACUUUCAUCAAUACAAAGUGGACAGAGGAAAGAAUUUUUCGACCUCCUAACGAUGCCACUGCGAUCUCUAGUCGGUUGCAGCAGCAAGGAAUGCACUUCCGCUUUCUCUCUCUUCCUGACGGCCUCCCUCCUCACCAUCCUCGCCUUCUUAUAAUCCAUGAGUUUUUCCAAGCAAUACAAAAACUAAGCCCCGCCAUGGUUCGACUCCUACAAAAUACGGCCGAUGAGGCUCCACCAAUAACUUGCAUGAUAGCGGAUUCUCUCUUCGCCUGUACUGAAGAGGUGGCCACAGUGCUUGGUGUUCCCCGCGCCAUAUUCUGGACAUUCUCUUGCUCUGCGUCCAUUGCGUUAACUAAUUCCCGGUUUCUCUUCGACAAGGGACUCAUUCCAGUCAAUGUGAAGGAGGCACAGCGCCCAGAAAACCUUAUCACUUGUCUGCCCGGAAACAUUCCACCAGUCAAACCAACGGAUUUGAUAAUAUUCUUCCGAAGCAAGUCCGAUCCUAUGUUCGAUAUCUUUCUUUACGUAUCAGACAAACAGAAGAAGGCUGAUUACAUGCUUGUCAAUACGUUCGAUGAGCUUGAAGGUCCGGGAGACGUAACGGGACUCUCCAAUGGGUGUCCUGUUCUCACCGUCGGCCCUGUCUUCUUCCCGGAGUUUCUCCAAGCCAGUGACUCUUCUGUGAACAUUUCAACAAGCCUUUGGGAGGAUGAUCUUGACUGCCUUAAGUGGCUUGACACGCAAGAACCUUUAUCUGUUCUGUACAUCUCUUUUGGGAGCAUCGCAGUUAUGUCGAUUGAGCAGUUGCAAGAACUGGCUCUAGGGCUGGAGGCCAGCCAGCAGCCGUUUCUGUGGGUAGUGAGGAUUGACAUAGCCGAUGGACACGCCGCAGUUUUGCCUGAAGGAUUUAGCGAACGAGUUAAUGGCCGUGGAAUGCUUGUGGAUUGGUCUCCUCAGUUAAAAGUUUUGGCUCAUCCAUCUGUUGGAGGAUUCUUGACGCACAACGGCUGGAACUCUACUCUGGAAAGCAUAAGCAUGGGAGUGCCUAUGAUCGGAUGGCCGCUGUGGGCUGAACAGUAUCACAACACUAGACUUUGCAAAGAGAUAUGGAAGAUAGGCAUGGAUAUUGAGUCUCGGCUAGAAGAUGACACAGUAUUGGUAACAAGAGAGGAGGUGGAGAAGGUUGUUCGAAUGAUGAUGAUGACUGGGGAUGAAGGGAGUGAUUUCAGAAAGAGGGCGCUAAAGCUGAAGGAAGCUGCCCGCAGAGCAGUAAAAGCGGGAGGUUCGUCGCAUGGAAAUUUGGAUAAGUUUACACAAGACAUGAUCGGAAUAGCCAACUCUCUAUCCAUAUAAAAAUAAAUUUCCUUCCUCUUAUGGUUUGUUCUUGAAAGAUAUGAACAAACAGCUGGUUGAACACUUUUCAUAUGCUUUCUUUCCAAAUAUGAUGUACUGUUUUCAAUGUUUAAGAAUCGGAUUGCAUGCCUGGAGAAAGUAACUCGCAAAUGUCGUAAGAACGAAUUACUAUCAGCAGCAAGGGAAUAUUGAUUUUCGUAUUACCUUGACGUGUCUCUUAUAAUGAUCUAGAUAAAAUUAAGAAGUCGUUA